UUCCCGCGUAAACCGCUUCACUGUUUUCGUUUUCGCUAACUCGCUCGCACGCUCGCUCCUCCUCCUCCUCUUCUCCAGAUUAUGAAACUGCCGAGGAGAGAGAUUUCGGGACGCAAGUGCCUGUGUGGAGUUUGCGUAUCCCGGCGAGCCUCUGCAUCGCUACUGGGAAACGUGCAAGCUAGGUCGCGAAACUCCAGUUGAACAAAAUGGGUUCUAGGAAGCAGUCAAAGGAUGAGCAUCUGAAUCCACAUCAAUCAGAAAUAGUGUCAAAAUCAUCUAGAAGAAGGAAGCGAGAUUGUGGAGAACUGGAUAAUGAGUUACAAGCAAAAAAACUAUUUGUGAGGAAAACCAAACAACUACAAAAAACAGGACAAGCUUGCUUUGGUGGCUCCGUGUUUCGAAAUUCAAGAAUUGCCUUCCAUCCAUGGGGAAUGCAAAAGAAUAUUGUCCACUAUGUUUAUCAAAAUAUGGUGGAUGGAACUAUUGGAUCACAGCUUAAGAAGUGUCUCCAGGUGCCCUUUGUACGGUCUCUCUACUUGUACCGUCUGUUCCGAACAGCAAGUCCCUUUGACAGAAGAAUCACAGCUUUGGAAUGGCAUCCAAUGCAUCCCAGCACCGUUGCUGUGGGCUCCAAAGGAGGAGACAUCAUCCUGUGGAAUUAUGAAGUGCUCAAUAAAGCAUGUUUUAUUAAAGGGAUUGGAGCUGGAGGGGCCAUCACAGGAAUGAAGUUUAAUCCUUUUAAUUCAAGUGAGCUGUACACAUCAUCAGUUUCUGGAACUACUGUCUUGCAAGAUUUUAAUGGCAACAGAAUCCGGAUCUUGGCCAAUACCCAUGACUGGAAUUUCUGGUAUUGCAGUGUUGAUGUAUCUGCAACUCGUCGGACUGUAGUAACAGGAGAUAACGUAGGAAACGUGAUUUUGCUCAGUACUGAAGGUGAAAAGAUAUGGAAUUUGAAGCUCCACAAAAGGAAAGUGACUCAUGUGGAGUUUAAUUCUCACUGUGAUUGGUUGCUGGCUACGGCCUCUAUGGAUCAGACAGUCAAAAUCUGGGAUCUGAGAAAUAUUAAAGAUAAAUCGAGUUGUCUUCAUGUACUUCAGCAUGAUAAAGGUGUCAAUGCAGCUUAUUUCAGCCCAAUAGAUGGUGCUAAGCUACUGAGUACAGAUCAACAAAAUGAAAUCCGGGUUUAUUCGUCUUCUGAUUGGUCCAAACCACAGCAUUCAAUUUCACAUCCUCAUAGACAGUUCCAGCAUCUCACAUCUAUCAAGGCAACAUGGCAUCCUCGUUACGAUCUUAUUGUGGUUGGUCGUUAUCCAGACCCUAAGUUCCCAGGGUACACAGCAGAUGAGCUGAGAACUGUUGACAUAUUUGAUGGCAACAGUGGAGAGAUGGUGUGCCAAAUACAUGAUCCAAAUGUAUCAGGCAUUAUCUCUCUCAAUAAGUUUAACCCCAUGGGCGACAUCUUGGCUUCAGGAAUGGGCUUUAAUAUUCUGAUAUGGGACCGAGAAGUAAUGAUAGGUAAGAAGCAGGAGGAUCUCAUGCAAGCAAUGAAAGAGCAGAAGGACGUGCCCCACCAAAGAGGACAGAGGCAAAGGCAAUCAAACAAAGAAACAAACAAAUCCAAAACUAAACUGCUCAGUCUUGAAUUGGAGGACACCAAAACAAAGGGUAAAGAAUAUACAAUGUACACUAAGAGAAGAAAAGACCCGGAGGACUUAUGAGUCAAGCUUGUGUCACUAGUGUUUGCUUGGAGCAAAGUUGGUGCUGCUGGUAUAAUGUGUGACAUUGACUUCAGAAGAAGGAAGCCCUUUUUACUGUGGACCAUCUUCUUUGAUGAUGGAAAUUAUGCUAGAGAACUGAGUCAUCUACUAUUAUGGGCAAGGCAUAAGGCAUUUACAUAUGCAUGUACUUAAAUGAGCUAAAAGGAACAUUCUGUUUUGUGUACCUGAAGGCUUUUAAUUGUUUAAGGCAAAGUACAGUGCGCAAAGGUAUGCUAUCAACCCAGAUUACAGUAUAUUUUCAAACCUGGCUCUUUUCUUUUCAUAAUAUAUUGAAAACUAUGUUCGUCCUAUGCUCACUAAAAAUAAGAGCUGCUUGUUUGUUUGUUUUAAGGACCAACAUAAUUUGUUUUUUUCUCAGACACAGGCAUUUGUAUUGUGUGAGAUUGUAAAACUGUAUAGAACUUAGACAUAUAGAGGUACAAAAAAGGCAACUAGCUAUAGGUACUUUACUUUACUUUACUUUAAAACAGUUAUUGUGAUUGACUUACUGUGUUCUUUUGUUCAAAAAAUAUGUUUAAUAAUGUUUUUGUAUCAUAAUUAUUUUGUUAUACAGAGAAGCUACAUGCUUCUUGAGAAACAUAAUAGUUAGGGCAUAAGCCUGCUUAAAGAAUAUAUUGGAGAAACUUAAUAAAAAUUGAAUGAAUGAUCAGAGUCUCAUUUUGGGGAGUUGUGCUCCACACAUCUUAACUUGUCCCUUCAGUGUCUUUUAUAAACUUAAUACUGUUUUUUUAAAAACGAUUUCAAGAUAUGAAUUCUAUAUAAUAUAUAAAUGUACAGGGAAAUAGAGCUCUUUAUUCGUUUCAAAGGCUGUUAGAAAAGACCGUUGGCUUACCUGAACGGUCGUUCUCUGGGCGCUGCCAGGAGAGUCCAAGCAUGGGUUAACACAGUCUGCCUGCCCUUGGACUCAGUGAGUUUUUCUUGACCACGCCUCCCUUUGCCUCCAUAUUUUCAGUUUAAAAACGAAGAAGAAACCGUACAGGAGCCCGUUCCCGGUCAAGCAUAGUUCAGGCCCUGUACCCUGGAGAAGAAACCCUUGGGCGGGUUUGGACUCUCCUUGCAGCGGCCAGAAAAUGACCGUUCAGGUAAGCCAAUGGUCUUUACCCAGUGCGCUGCUUGGAGAGUCCAAGCAUGGGACAUACCCAAGCUAUUUUGUCCCAGAGUGGAUAGAGACUGAAGCCUCCUGAGUCUCGGCGACCCUCUGCAGAAUUCUUCUCCCAAAGGAGACUUCGGCUGAGGCAGAGGUGUCAAUUUUGUAGUUCUUGCUAAACGCAGUGGGGAAAGCCCACGUGGCUGCCCUGCAAAUGUCUAUAAUAGAUGCCUGGGUCGCCCAUGCUGCUGAAGUAGCCACGCUCCUGGUUGAAUGCGCUGUCACGCGGUCUGGAGCAGUCUUGCCUUGAUGUUCGUACGCCAACUUGAUACAGGCGCGCAACCAACGGCUGAUGGUAUGAGAAGACGCCUUGCGGCCCAACGACCUGGGAUGGAAAGACACAAAAAAGGAUUCGGAGCGUCGGAACUCCUUAGUCCUCUUUAUGUAAAUGCGUACAGCAUGCCUCACGUCUAGUUUAUGCCAAUUGCGUUCCCUAGGGUGAGAAGGCUUGGGACAAAAGUUAGGCAGAAUUACUUCCUGAGCUCUAUGAAAUUGAGUGUUGAUCUUAGGAAUAAACAUGGGGUCAAGUCUCAAAAUGACUCUGUCAGUAUGUACAAUGCAUAGGUCCUCCCUGACGGAAAGAGCUGCCAGUUCAGACACUCCUUGAGCUGAUGUAAUGGCCACCAGGAAGGCCGUCUUGAUGGUCAGAUGGUGAAGAGUCGCCAUUCGAAUGGGCUCAAGCGGAGGACCAGUUAAGGCUCGCAGGACGAACGGCAGGUUCCAGGACGGGUACCGAUGAACCGCUGGAGGGCUGAUGUUCACCGCGCCCUUCAGGAAGCUCUUAACCUGUGGAUGCUGACUCAGUGACUGAGAGGAGCCCCGGGCAAGAAUGGUGGACAAGCCGCCACUUGGCGACGGAGUGUACUAGGUGCCAGCCCUUUGUCCAGAUCCUCCUGCAGAAAGUCCAAAAGUUGCGGGACUGUAGCAGAAAUGUCUGUAAUGCCCUUAGUCUUACACCAGGUAGAAAAGGCAACCCAGGUCGCGUCCUAUAUCCUAGUGGUGGAAGUCCUCCUGGCCGCCUGGAUAGUGCAUAUGACCUUGUCAGAGAUGUUCUGCUUCCUCAGGAGCUCCCCCUCAAGUGCCAGACGGCUAACUGUAGCCACUGGGGAUCCGGGUGGUUGAUGGCCCCUUGGCUGAGGGAUCCUCCACGGUUUCUGAAUGGAGAGACUGACAAGGUCUGCGUACCAGGACCUCCUGGGCCAGAAUGGCGCCACCAGGAGGAUCUCUGCUCCUUCCGACAGUAGUUUGGCCACCACCUGUGGAAUGAGAGGUAGAGGGGGGAAUGCAUACAACAGUCCUAGGGACCACUUGCACCUCAGCGCAUUCGUCCCCUCCGCCCACGGAGAAUGAUAACAGCCGAAGAAUCGCAGCAGUUUUGUGUUUGUGUGUGUGGCAAAAAGGUCUAUUUGCGGUUUGCCAAACCUCACGAUCUGCUGAAAGAGGCCCGGGUGUAGACACCACUCCGAGUGGUCGAUCUGUUGCCGACUCAGCCAGUCCGCUUCCUGAUUGCUGGUUCCGGAGAUGUGGUCCACUCUGAGAGAGGCUAGAUGAUGCUCUGCCCACCUGCCCAGGGCCUCCGCCUCUGUCAUGAGGCUCCUGGAGUGGGUGCCGCCUUGUCUGUUUAUGUAUGCUUUUGUUGUCACAUUGUCCAUCAUCAACAGUACAUGUCAGCCCACAAUUAGAGAUGAAAAUUGUCACAGAGCGAGGCGUGCUGCCCUCAGCUCCAGCCAAUUUAUGCUGUGGGCAGCUUCCUUCUGAGACCACCCGCCUUGGGCGAGCUGGCCCUGACAGUGAGCUCCCCAUCCCUGAAGACUGGCGUCUGUAGUCACCACGACCCUUUUGGGUUCCUUGAACAGGCACCCCUUUUCGACUGCCGUGAUCCUCCACCAGGCUAGAGAUCGAAUUACCUUUUGUGAAAGCCGUACUCGUCUGGAAGAGUUGCUGGUCUUUGCUCUUUUCACUGGUAGAAGGAACCACUGCAGUUCCCUGGCAUGGAGACGUGCCCAGGGAACUACCUUCAGACAGGAAAUCAUGAUUCCCAGGAGCUGGGACAGUUUUGACGAUCAGCACCAACCUUGACAGACGGCACUGACGCACUCUGCCCUUGAGAGUUGCCAGUCGAUCCAGAGAAAGGAACACCUGACAGCAGGCUGAGUCGAUGAUGGCCAGGUGUUGAAUGCACGUGGUCGGCCGGAGAUGGCUCUUCUCCAGAUUGACUGAGAAGCUGUAUUGUUGUAGUGUCCGGAUGGUCAUCUGGACAUCUGGCCUUGCCUGGUCUGGAUUUGUAGAGUGGAUAAUUAUGUCGUCUAGAUAGCAUUCUAGGCGAAUGGGACGGUUCCGGCUGCCACCACUGCCAGGAUCUUCAUGAAGGUUCUGGGUGUGGAUGAGAAGCUGAACGGGAGAGCUGGCAGCAUGAAUGGGGACAUGCAGGUAGGCCUCUUUUAGAUCUAUGGUGUCAAUAGAUCUCCUUGUCUCACACAAUCCAGGAUGGAGUGGAGGGAUUGCAUCUUGAACCUUUUGUAAGUCAGAUGCUGAUUCAGGCUUUUCAGAUCCAAGAUGGCCCUCCACCCCCCACCCCCCAAAUUCUUCGGGACCAGGAACAGAAUGGAAUAGAAUCCCUGCCUCUCCUGAUCCCUUGGGACGGAUUCUAAGGUCUCUAUUUGGAGCAGAUGGAGGAUCUGCGGCUGCAUAAGCCCCCUCUUUAAGGGAUUCUUCGGGGUCGGGCAACGAAUGAAUUUCCUCUGGGGAAAAGACAGAAACUCUAGGACCAGGCCCUUCCUGAUUGUAUUGAGAACCCACGAGUCCGAGGUGAUCCCCUCCCACCUGUCGGCAUAUAGUUGAAGCCGACCCCUAUGGGAGGGAUCCUGUGAUGGUCACUUUCCCCUGCGGAACUGACGGGAGUUGUUGUUACCCCCGCGAAAGGAAUGCUGCUGUUGUCUGUUACGUGACCCGAAGGAGUUCCUAUCCUGAGUCCUAUCGCCCCCUUGGUUGUAAGAUCUCUGGAAGGAGGAGGAGGUGGACCCUUGAGCAGCGUCCUGGUUCCGAAAUGCUUGUUUACGAAAAGAACCAGAGCUCUUACGCUCGUUCUUCAGGAUGGCUGGGAUAAUUUUACGUUUAUCUUUCGUCUCAAUGACAAAUUUAUCCAAAGCCUCCCCGGAUAACUGAGCACCCUUGAAGGGAGCAGACGCUAGCUUCCACUUCGCCUUCAUAUCCGCCUGCCAGUGGCGAAGCCAUAGGAUAAUGAUAGGAGAUGUUAUGUUGUACACCAAGGCUCUGGAGGCAAACUUUGCUGCAUUCAGCGAAGCGUCAGCUGAGUACUCCACGGCUGUAAUGAUCUUGCUGAGAUCAUGGUGCCACCAAGAGCCCCGGGAGGGAGGUUUGGACCUAAGCUUCCUCAGCCAGAGCAAGGAUGCUCUGGUGAAAAAGGACGCCGAAGUGGAUACCCUGAUGGGUAUCAGGAGGCCGCCUGAUGUGUCUUAUGGCAUGCCUUCUCUGACUUCUUGUCUGCGGCUUUUAGGCCUUCCAGAAGAUCGGCUGGUAGGUUUGAAUUUGAGGUCAAAGAAACCACAGGGGCAUCCACCUCAGGUAACUUUAAGAUGUCCUCCAUCCCUCCACGGUAUAAAGGAAUUUAUCCCCACCGCUGGGGUUGGUUAAAGUACCGGGCUGAACCCACUGUCUUUGGACAAUGUCCAUGAAAAGAUCUGGAACAGGAAUGAGCUGCUGAGUGGGAGCCGUUUCCUUGAAUAGCCCUUCCUUGGGGUCUUUGGAGAAGAGGGCGGAAUGUCAGCCUUGGGGGUAGAACCUAGUUCAGUUGCCUCCUUGGCCUUGUGACGUAUGGAUUUAAACAAGGAAGGCUCAACAGACCAGUAAAGGCCGGCUUGUCUGGGGGAAGAUCAUCAUCCUCAGAUAGUUCGAACCCCUCAGCCUCCUCGUCUCCCCAGGUGGAAUCCUCCGUGGCUACAGAUGAGCCCAGGGAGGUUGGGGCCCGUGUGGCAGUGGCCGCAGGAGAAUGCUUGGCCUUGGAGGAUCCUGACUUGUGGGAUUCUGACCGGCGGUAAUCUGUGGCUGAAUCUGGCCAAAAAUGGCCGCCGCUGUUGCCGGGCAGAAGAGAGCGCCGCCAGUGUUACCGAGGCACAGGGAGACAGCGUGGCACCAAAACUCAGCAGUUGGGGUUUUCUGGAGUUGGGAAGACUUUCCUCCCACGCUCGCCAGCAGCCGCUGGACAAGCGACUCACACGUUCUGACCCUGCUUGCGACCAGCGGGGAAGAAAGACUCCCUGGAAGCCUCUCAGCACUCCAAUAUCUCAGAUGGUAUAAUUUGGUUCUUAUCUAUCAAUGUGCAAUACAAAGUGGUCAAAGUAAUCUUGGGGAGACCAGUCUAUCUGCACUUGGACUGGAGAGCUCCCUAAAUUAGUCCUUACGGGCAGACUGAGUUUUUAAACUGAAAAUAUGGAGGCAAAGGGAGGCGUGGUCAAGAAAAACUCACUCAGUCCAAGGACAGAUAGACUGUGUUAACCCAUGCUUGGACUCUCCAAGCAGCGCACUGGAGAAUACAUUUAUUUUUAUACAGUGUAAUUCAGUCAUUGAGUUGGAAGUGACAAUAAAGGUCAUCUAAUCAAUGCAAACCCCUGCUUAUUGUAGCUUCCACUAAAGCAUCUCUAACAGUUUACCAUCUAGCUUCAGAGAACUCAUAUCAUGUGGCAGUCUGUUCCACUGGCAAAUGAUAUGAAUAAUCAGUAAGUUCUUAAUGUCUAACAGGAGCCUCCGUGCUUGUAGUUUAACCUUGUGUUCUGGUCCUGCCUCUAGGGCAAUAGAGAGUAAAAGCACUCCUGCUUUAAUACAUAAAAAAAUCUAGAAAAUGGAUUAUUUACUGGGAAGUUGGUCCCAUGUCAAGUUUCCUAACUAUAAUUGACCUCAAUACAAAAAGUUCCCAUGGUUGUAUCUUUUCUUGUGAUCCAGCUGCUAGACAUGUGCAAAAAGAGCAAAACAAUAAAAAAGGGAGCAAAAAUUUAGUCUCAUCUUGGUUUUUAAUGAAAACAUUAAGAAAGUGAUCAAGUGAAUUACAGCAACAUUUAGUCUCAAGAAAUAAAUCAUAGUUUUUCCUCAUUAUGUAGCAAAGCAAAUUAUUUCCCAUUAUUUUCCCCGUUAUUUCCCAUUAUUUUAUUUACAACUUAGCCUGUUAAGAAAUUGGCAUAUAAAUUGACUUGAUUCAUUUCUGGAAGUGAUUUAUCUGAGUUUCUCUUGGUUCUAUCUUCUGCCCUGCCCUGCAGGAGACAUACAGUAUCAUACAAUUAGUUUCAAUAGAAAAAUAAGAAAGACAACUUCAAAUGGAAUUGGGAAUUGUUUUGGCAAUUGUCUUGUGUACUCUUUAGUAACAGGAUACUAAUGUAGUGGCUUUAGAGGAAAUGUAACGUGAAAUGUUUUGUAAUGAGUUGAACUUUUCAGUAUCUCCUUGGAGAUUGCAGUUUCAGCCCGGAAAAAGCAAAACACACCAUUACAUUUUUUACUUCAUAUUUCCUGGCAUUUUUGUAUACUUAGAUGGAUUUGAUUACGGCAAGUAACCAGUAUUGCUCUUUUUAAGUAGUCUGUUUUAAGGAAAGAGAGAAUGGGUUUUUUCUAAGAGUGGGGUGGGCUGUCUUCUUAGCAUUUAGUCCUGCUAUUGCAAACAAAUUGAUGGGCUAUGCUUCAGUUGAAGAUAAAAAAAGACUAUGUAGAAAAUUGUCCUGUAGAUAAAUAUAAAAGAGGAUUUUUACGGAACUUGUUAGAAAACUUGGAGCAAUAAAUUGGUGGUUUGGGUUUUUUCCCCCAAAGGCGGUAAUUUAAAAAGUGCUGGUUUUAUGGACUAUGUGGCAAUUAUACUAUGGAUUCUUAUCUUCAGAUUCCACUGUUCAGGGAUGAAGGAAAUACAUUGCACAUCUUCAGGAGCACUUCGGAUCCUAUAGAAUUCAGAUCUAAGGAAAGUACUAUUUUCUCUAAAAUGUGAACGAAUAUUUUGAUUAAAGUUAAGAAAUUGGCUAUGUCUUGUGAAUAUUUGAAAUUAUAGGCUUGUGAUUUUUAUAUGCCAUAUAAAAUAUUUUUGAUGAGGUAGUACGUGUAGUAAUUUUCUCUUCAUGGAGUGGAAUAAGAAAGACAUCUAUGUUGCAUUGCAUUGUGUAAAGAAGG